AUGGCGCUUGUUCUCGCCAGACGCCAUCAAAGGUUCCCGUCAAACCCAUCUCUGAUUCGAUUCUUCUCUAAUUCCUCAUCAGACCCACCUCCCAAAAUCGUGAAUGCAUCGACUGAGAAACCCUCUCAGUCACCGUCACCGUCACCGUCGGACGUCUCCAACUCUUCUCCGUUCACUGACAUCAAGACAACUCUGAGACAGAAAUUGCAGCAACAGCAGGAGCAAGGGAGAAACCCAUUUCCCAGAUCCGAUUCCCAAUCUCAGAAUCGCGGUUCGAGUAGAUUCUCCGAUAACCAGUCACGCGGGUCUAUACAGGAUUUGGGGUUGAACCUCGCCAAGUUUCAGCGGAGAUCCACCGUUCCACCUUCGAGUGGUUCAAGCGGAUCGCAGUCACGGCCUCAGAUUUCCUUGGAGGCGCUCUAUAAGCAGAACGUUGCACCAAACUCAGCAGAUCCUAGAAAUCGGAAAGCACCUGAGCUCGAUUUGAACAGCGUACGGAAUACUUUACAGAAUUUGAAGAAUCAGAGCAGCAUGGACAAGUCAGGAAUGUUUUUACGAAGUUUCAAGGGGACAUUGAAGACGAUGUCCCAAGGAGACGAAGCAUUGCCCAAGUCCGUUUUCGGGAAAGAAAUUGAUGGGAAGGAAGAAAGGGAAGGCGAAACAGAGGAGAUGAUGACUGAGUUCUUAACGUUUUACAACGAAGAACAAUUAGGUGAGAAACUAAGGUCGCUUAGACCGGAGGGGAAUAAAGAAGAAGGGUGGUUCUCGUUGCAGGAGUUGAAUCAGAGGUUGGUUAAGCUAAGGCAAGCGGAAGAGAAAGAGGUCCAAGCUCGGACUGGGAACACUGUACUCAGAAAUGUUAUCUCAAAAAUGAGGAUUGAUGCAACCAAAAAUGAACAGCAGAAUCUCAACUUUAUGAACUACUUCGAGACCCCUGAAUACAAGCUUCAUCCUCCAAAAGAGGAUCUAGUUGAAACUUAUUUCCACCCAGAUAACUUGUCCUCUGCGGAGAAGAUGAAAAUUGAGCUGACAAAAGUCAGGGAAGAGUUCAAGAUGUCGGAAUCAGAUUGUGGUUCUGCACGUGUGCAAGUGGCGCAACUCACCACUAAGAUCAAGCAUUUAUCCUCUUCUCUACACAAAAAGGACAAGCAUUCGCGGAAGGGACUUCUAGGAAUGGUGCAGAAACGAAAGAAACUGUUGAAAUACCUAAGACGAACGGACUGGGAUUCUUACUGCCUUGUCUUGUCUAAACUCAGCCUUCGUGACAACCCGGAUUACAAGUUCUAA